AUGAGCUACCAGCGAGAAAUUUAUCGUUUCAGUGCUGGACCAUUGGGUCAUAUAGAAGGCCUGACCGUCACCUCUGAUGGUACGCCAGUCGUGCGCUACUUUGGAGGUCUACCAUACGCUCUGCCGCCGACUGCUCAGUGGCGUUUCCGCGCGCCACGCAGGCUGCCCCCGGGCUAUCAUUACAGGACAGCGGCUGAGCCAGGGCAGUUCACGCGUGGUACUUGGGUGUGCCCACAGCCUCCCAGCAGCAACAUGCCCGAUGCUUCUGUAGUGGACGAAAACUGCCUACAGCUGAACAUCUGGGUGCCGGCUCGACCUGCCCCGAAAGACGGCUGGCCGGUGUGCUUCUACAUCCAUGGAGGGUUCCUACAAGUCGGAACUGCUAACCUAGUCCCAGAAGCUCUGGUGCCUCUCCUGAGCGACUCCGCCUUCCAGGCGAUAAUGGUUUUACCGUCAUACCGACUCAACGCGCUGGGCUUCCUUACGAGCAGCGAACUUGUUGCCGAAGCAAGGGCUUCCGGACAAGCGCCUGGGAACAUGGGGCUGUGGGAUCAGAGAAUAGCUCUGGAAUGGACUCACGCGAAUAUCUCAUGCUUCGGCGGCAAUCCAGCAAACAUCACGGUCGCUGGAUACUCAGCCGGAGCGUACUCUACAUUCCAACAGCUGGCCCACGAACUGUGGCGUGUCCCUGCAGAAAAUGCCAUCAUUAGAAGGGUCGCCAUGUUCUCGAACAGUCCAGGCGUCAGGCCGAAGGCUCUACAAGAUCAUCAGGAGCAGUUUGAUGAAUUCCUCACUCGGAUCGGUAUUCCUAUCGAUUUGGACAACGACGUGAAACUCGCCAAACUUCGGGCUCUUCCUUGUCACAGACUGAUUGAGAUUCAAAGUGAAAUGAAAGUCUCCGAGUUUCGGGUCCUGGCAGAUGAUAUCUCCUACCCCAAGGACCUUAUUGAUCGGAUCAAUGAUGGGCGGUUCGCGAGAAGAAUGAAAAGUCGUGGUGUGACCCUCCUGAAUGGAGAAUGUAAGGAUGAGAACAUCAUGUACGGUCGGUGGCGAACACCAGAAGACUCCUACACUGCCGUUUAUGAACGUCUCAACGCGGAGUAUGCUCGGCGUCUUGUGUGCGUCGAGGAGACAAUACCGUCCGAAUGGGGAGUGACUCACCUGACCGACAUACCCAUCUGGUUAUGGGGUUCUGGUUUUUCCCGGGGUCUGACGGACCAGGAGAAAGAAUGGCUGAGGGGAUGGAACGAAGGAUUUGCUGCGUUCGUCAAUGGGGACCAGGUCAGUUGGGGUCCGACCAGGCCGAACGAAGUGAGAAAGUGGAGAAGUGACGGUAAAACAGAUGUUUGGGAGGAUUCACUGUGGGAAGAGGGUAUAGCAUUUUGGAGAAUCGCCAACCCCGGAAGGGCAGGGGCUGAUUUCACUAAAUAG